UCGGUUUUCUGUUGCAAUAACAGUUCCCGUACAAUCAAAAUAUUGAGUUGGCCCACCCCAAAGUAUUCUGCCAACUGAUGCUGGAUAGUCUGCAUCACGAGAGACACCCGUCGGUGGUAAUACUGGAUGAAGCCAUAAAUAAAGGACAUUCGCAAGAAUGCAUGAGUCUCUGAUCUUUCCCUCUAUUGUGGAUAUUUCAACAAAAAACAAAUUUCCGUUUUCUCAUUAUGAAUUUUUAAAUUUUCUGAUUCACUUCUAGUUCACAUAAUUACUUUGUAUCUUUACCGAGCUUUCGAUCAAAAUAAGUUACACAACCAUUUAAAAACAAAAAUCCUUCGAAACAAGCAUGUUAAAGUAUAGGCGUGGUCUUGACAGCAUUUAGACUAUGGAUUCGAUGAUGACAAUAUUAAUGGCGUACCCUAUCGACAAUUGUAUUGAGAUGAUUUCACUCGAGGAUACCGAUCAACAACGAUUAUUUGAUCUGAACGACGAUGAAGCAAAAGAUGAUUUUGACGAUGGAAAGCUACAAAAAAAAGUAGAGGGUGCUGUCCCUGCGUGUGGAAUUCGAGUUUCAAUAUGA